GAUCCGGAGAUAUUUCAUUCCCAUGUACAAUUUGAAGGCUCUGAGUCACCUGGACGUUUCAUAUUCCUUUCAUGAUCACGAUUCAUACUGCGGUUACUAAUUUUAUAUAACCUUCUUCUCACUACAUUUUUCUUCAAAAGGAAAAGAACCGUUGCUGCACUCAAAGGGAGUUUCAAGGUCACAACUUUUUCACUACAAAAUAUAUACCUAAAUCAUCUGGGAAACUUUCUCAGCUCAUCAGGGCUAGCUCUUUUCAUUUCGAGAGAUCGGAGUUUCUGGGCUCAGAAGUUCAUAUAUAGGAACUUUGAGAAAAAUUCUACAGUCUGCAAACAUCAACAGAAGGCCAACUCUAUGUAGAAUUGGAUUUUGUUGGGUUCAAAUGAGAAACGCUGAUCUUCUUCCAUCUCUACCCUCCCAUCUUUUCAACUUUGGAAACAAUAUUGAUAUUCAGAUGACAAAUUGGGAUGCACAAAUGAGCAUGAACAGAAAAUUUGGCUUUUGCAUGGGGUCCAAGGCAUUCGAAAGUGACAACCAGAAUAACAUGAGAGCCGGAGACUUUUCUCUUCCCCUGCAGCAGUCAUCAUCCCUCGUUACCUAUCAAUCUGCAGUUAACUAUCCAUCGGGUGCAUUCAGAUAUGAUGACAUUGCCGGGCAGUCAAUGUUGCUGGACAAGAAGAUUUCAGCUCCCCAAUUUCAAGUAGAUUGCCAGGCCAUUCAAAAUGCAAGGAAACGUCCAAUUGAGGUUGAUGACCUUGGUCGUCUGGUUGGUGACACGACAGCUCUAAACGACUUAUACAACAAUAAGAGAAACAAGAUGACAAACGGUAAUUCUCAACAACAGUGGCAUCAAGAAAACUCAAUGGAGCAACAAAACAAUAAGAAGUUGCAUCAUCUGCCAGUGAGAAGAAGCCAAAAGCUUAGUGACAAAAUCACAGCUCUCCAAAAAUUGGUUUCCCCCUAUGGCAAGACUGACACUGCCUCAGUUCUUCAAGAGGCUUCCAUAUAUAUCAUGCUCCUCCAAGAACAAAUUCAGCAGAAUAUGGAAAGGAUGCUUAGUAGUUCAUACAAGAAUGCUGCAGCUCUUCACCCACAGGAAUCUGGGCGUGGGCAGGUGGUUGAUCUCAGAAGCAAAGGCCUUUGCUUGGUUCCUGUGUCAAUUACUCAGAAAGUGACUAUGGAAGAGCGUUCUGAUCAUCUUGCUACAUCAAGAAAAGUUGUCAUAGCUAAUCACUUCUAAUUCUAUAACUACUAAACGCAUAAGCCAUAUGUAGUGCUUCACCCCAACAGCACUUUUGAGAAAAGCUGUUUUUCAUGUACUUAAAUGCAUUCCUUUUUUAAUCAUACUUAAGAUU